AUGGAGGCCGGAAGAACAACCUCAGGAAAUAAGCCCGCAACUCCUGCCACGGCCAAGCGAAAGGCCAGCCACCCUCUGGCGCAGGAGCUGAGGGCUGGGAUUGGUGCGCUGGCAAGCAGCAAUGUAAAGAAGAAGGCCAAACAGGCGAGCAGCUUCAAAGUCCACCUCGGCUCUCCCUUCGUUCUCAAGUGGUCGCCCGUCGCGGAAGACGUGCGAAACGAAGUGGUGGAGCGUUUGUCUCGGGAGCUGGGUGAGUAUAAGCGGAUACGGGUUAAGAAAGAGCGAAAGAAGCGAAAGGCGCCACCUGCAGGCGAUCAAUCAGCGUCCGCUACAAACACACCUAGUGCCAACAAAAACAAGAAGAAGCGAACCAAGAAGACGAAUAAGAAGACGAAGAAUAAGGAAGAUAAGACGACGGCGACGGCGACGGGGACACCGGCGGCAGUGCCCAAAGACAAGGACGUCAUGGAACUCGAAGGAGAGGCGGAACAAAAAGAGGUGAUGCAGGUAGCGACAAAGCCUUUGAAGGAGAGGAGCGGCAAGACUCAGGCCAAGGACACAGAGGCCGACGCCGAGGCGCGGGAGACUGCGCGCCAGAAGCUCAUCGCCAAGCGACAAGAGGUGAGGGAGAAGUGCACGUUCAUGGCCGUCGGACUCAACGCCGUGACCAAGGCCCUGGAGGACAAACAGCUCGAAGUGGUAGUCGUGUGCAAGGACGUUGAACCGGCGCGUCUCGUGCAGCACAUCCCCGUGCAGGCGUUUCUCACGGGCGUGCCUCUGGUGCCCCUGAGCGGCGACCUGAGUCUGCGGCUGGGCGCCAUAUUUGGGAUUCGCACGGUCAUGGCCAUUGGCUUCAAGGUCAGCUCUUCCCUUCGUGGCUAUGUCCUGAGGGGCACCGAACACCCGCACGGCGAUUUGGUUGCGUUCCUCAAGUCGCAGGCUGUCCCACUCAACAUCCCCUGGCUACUUCCCUGCAAGACCGCCACCAGUGGGCAGGCGGGAAGCGCACAGGCAGACGGCACCGCGACGACAGUGACAGUGCCCGAGCCGCUCCCCUUGCACUCGUUCAAGGCCAGGGUGGCCCAGCCCAAUCGGUCAAGCAGCAGCAGCACGCCCCAAAAGCAAAGAGGAACGCAAAAGGCCUAA